GUGACAUCCGAUAUCCCACACUUCAUUUUGGACGCGUCACUACUACAAACAACGCAACCAGUAUCCAUUCAAAAUUCAACUAGUCCUUCCUAUUUGCUUUACACUGUAAAAGUCUCUUUGAAACGGAACAAAUCAGCAUUAUCGCUGGAGCGAAUGACCUCAUUCUGAGAUACGCCAAGCUGCUCUUCCAAGUAAAAUGUCUUCUGGGCAGACGCUUGCCCAGAUGAAUCUCACGUGUUUAUGGCUCGAGACCAUACUUUAUGGAAUCAAUUGCAUAUUAUUCGGUACAUGUGUUUACGUCAUCUCAAUCAAGGGUCCAGCCUACAGCAAGCUUCUGCUCUGUGCUACCUCGUUUCAAUUUGCUCUGGCAACUACACAUGUGAUAUUGAUGUUUGUGCAAGCGAUGAUCGCAUUCACAAACGCGACGAAUGUUAUUACCCCUGAUGGGGCAAACUUGUACUAUGCAGCUACCGCAGGAAAUCGCGUUUUCUUAUUCUGUCAGUUAAUCUAUAUUUUCAAUGUAUUUACUCAAGAAUUGCUUUUGAUAUGGAGACUCUAUGUCGUCUGGAAUCAGGAUAUCAAAGUUUGCAUUCUACCACUCAUCAUGUGGGUAGCCCACUGUGUUACCGCUUCUAUCGCCGUCGCCUUGCUCGCGCCCAAGCACACCAACAUCUUUUCCCAUACUUUUCGAGCCUUCGUAUUGUCUGGAUGGACACUUGAGAUGGUCUUAAAUGUUACGGUAACUACUGGUAUCGUAUACCGCAUCUGGCGAACAGGAAAACAGACAGCUGCUCUGACCACCAGCGGAAGCAGCGGCUUCAGGUACAAAAGCACCAUUAUAACGAUCGUGGAAUCUGGGGCGCUCAUCACAACAUGUACAUGUGUGAUAUUUUUCUUAUGGGUAGCGGGUAAUGUUUCAGGGUUAGUGGCAAUCGAUAUUGCAAUGCAAGUCGCUACAAUGACCCCUCUCCUCAUUAUCGUUCGCGCUGGUUUUAAACGCUCUCAUUCCAGUCUUCAAGUUGGAUCAUCCGAGGGACACUCAUCAUCCUACCCUAGGUCUCUGGAAUUCAACGUCGCUACAGUCAGCGAUUACCCGAUGGAUAUCAUUAAAUGUGGCACUAAACGUGGCACUAAAGGAAAGGAUUAGGUGGCCGAGAGAUGUUGGUCUCCGAGGCUGCAGUUUAUGUGGAAGAUAUGGAGUUGCUGGUUGGGUUAGCUUCGCGCAAGUGAUACCGAUAGGUAUGAAUGUUAACGUAUCUCUGACUAUCUUCGAAUCCCAUCGCAUCUCGACACCAAAUCAGAGGUCUGUUCUGAUUCGAGUGACUGCGACGUUACGAAGCCCAUG